UUGGGACAACUUUACUUCCAGUUCAACCGCCGUAUGAGAUUAUUCUAUAGAUUAUAUUAUUGAGUAAUGAAUUCGGUAUUUUUUUAACUUAUUACAAUGGAUAAAUUAGAAAUUCGUGAAACACGGCGAGAAGAUUGUCAUGAACUUAGAGCUCUAAUUCAAAAACUAGCAGAUUUUGAAAAAAUGCCUGAUGGCCCAAAACUCGAUGCAAAAGAUUUAGAAAGAGAUGGAUUUGGAAGGCAUCCAUUAUUUCACUCGUUUGUUGCUGAAAUUAAUAAUCAAUUAGUUGGAUAUGCAAUAUAUUAUUAUACUUUCUCUACUUGGCGAGGGAAAUCAAUGUUUUUAGAUGAACUUUAUGUUUUGCCUUCCUAUCAGAAGAAACGUAUCGGCAGUUUACUUUUCCAAGCAGUUGUAAAGAAAGCUUCAGAUAGUGACUGCUGUCGAUUGGAUUUUACAGUUUUAAAUUGGAACCCUGCAGUUGAUUUUUACAAAUCAAAAGGUGUCAUUGAUAUUACAGAAAGUGAUAAAUGGCAUUUGUAUCGAUUAGAUGUGGAUGGCAUGACGAAACUUCUACAAAAUUAGGUUACCAUGGAACGUCAUCUUUUCUUCCCGGGUAAAAAUCAUCAGACCUGAUCAUGAAUUUUCAUGCGUUAAUCUCAUCCACGAUCAUGUCUGAGCAAGCACAACCCCUCGAAUUAUUUGAAAAAAAAUAAAAAUAAUGAUCAUUCAAUUUUAAAUUAACCCUGGUUAAAAAUACUGAUUGCAAAGAAUUAAAAAUGAUGAAAUUCGAAUUCUUUUAAAUAAUUUCAAUUCUUUUGUUUGUAUGUAUUAGGGUGGAGCAAAAAAACCGACUAUUUUUUUUUUUUCGAUCUCGCAUGAAAAUUUGUCGGUUUACGAUGUUUUGAGAAGCCUCUCCAAAAAUCAGCUCGAUGAAAAAUUUUCAAGAGGUCGCUCACGAAUUUUGAAAAUAUCAAAAAUAAUCGAAAUUCGGAUUUUUAUUUCUAAAUUUUUUUCUUUCUCGUGGCAGCAAUAGUUUAUAUUUGUGAAAUCUUGACUACGCUGAGAAUUUCAGCCCAAAAUUUAAAUAUUUAAACCUCGCUCAAGAACUUUGAAUGUUUCCGAGUGCUGUCUUUUGGACGUUUUUGAGCGACCCUUAAAUAUUAAUAAUAAAGCUUCUCGAUUUUUUCACCAUCAAUUUGCAUGAAAAUGAAUGAAAAUAUAACCCGAGAAAUAUAAAUAAUAAAUUUCUUAUAUACUUUUUUAUUUUUUAAUUCAAUUUGUAGGUUUUUUCGCUUAUUCAAAACUUACAAAAUUUUAUUGUUUAUGACUGUCCUGUAUAUUUUUGGUUAUGCAAAAGUUAUAUUUAAGUGAAAUGACAAUAAUUGAGUUAUAAAAAAAUUUAAAAACUAAUUCAAACUAUUAGUUACAUAUUAUCAGUUAAUAUUCAAAAUUCUUGAGCGUCGUUUAUAUAUUUAAAUUUUGGGCUGAAAUUUUCAGCAUAGUCAUGAUUUUACAAAUAUAAACUAUUGCUGCCACGAGAAAGAAAAAAAUUUAGAAAUAAAAAUCCGAAUUUCCAUCAUUUUUUAUAUUUUCAAAAUUCGUGAGCGACCUCUUGAAAAUUUUUUAUCGAGCUGAUUUUUGGAGAGGCUUUUUAAAACAUCGUAAACCAACAAAUUUCAUGCGAGAUUGAAAAAAAAAAAUAGUCGGUUUUUUUUGCGCCACCCUAGUAUAUAUAGAUAUACAGUUUGCAUGGAGUGGCCGCUUCUCAAUUCUUUUCAAUCAGUAGUUUUAACCAGGGAACUUAUUUUGUCAGUAUUAUUGUGUAGUUGAUGUUUACUGCUUGAAAAGUACUUUUGAAAUUUUACUCGCGACGGGUCUCGAACCCACGACCGUCAUGUUAUGAAGCACGUCUGCUGUCCAAUAGGCUGACCUAUCUCAUUCAGUUUAUAACGAUUCUUAAUAUCUUUUGAAAACUUAGAGUUGUAAAAAAUAAAAUAUUAUUCGAAUUCAAUCUUGAUUUAGUUAUUAAAUUCUUUUUGAAUAAUGAAUGAAAGGAAUUCUAAUUAUCAAUUACAAGUAAAUAUAACAAUUACAUUAAUCUUAAUUAUUAAGUGAAAAAAAAGCAAUUAUACUAAGUUUCAUUAUCAAUUUGGCAAGAAUUUAUUUUUUCAAUUCUUUAAUUAAUGCCUCGCCAUGCCUGGGCCAUGCACGAGAAUGCCUGAAUCAUGCACUACCAUGCCUGAAUCACACAUGAAUCAUGCCUUGGUCACCCUGAUUCAGAAAUCGAAUUUGAAAUGAUUUUAAAAAUCUAAAUUAUUUCAUAUUGUAUCAUAUCAUCAAAAUAUGAUUUGAAAUAAUUCAAAAUAAUUUAAAAUUCUCAACUUUAAAUUAUUUUAAGUUAUAAAAUUAUAAUUUGAAUCUUCAAUCCUGCAAAUCUGCCCACAUCGCUAAGUCAUGCUGCUUUCAAGUGUAAUUUUCAAAUAAAUCAUUUUUAUUUUUAUAGAAUCAUGAAAAAGAAUUGUUCACAAUAUUGUGAAAAUAUGAUAAACAAUAUUGACUGAAAAUUUGUAUAAGACUCUUAAAACAGAUUACUCGCGCAAGAAUUAAACAAUUAACAGUUAAUAUUUAUAUUUAGAGCUCAAAUUUUGACAGUAUUUUUUUUUCGUCGUCUCGAAAAAUAUUUUCCGUAUAGUAGAAAGAAAAUAGCCGAUUUUUUAAAAUCUUUUUAAUAUGUAUAUUAAGGUGGGUCAAAAAAAUCAAUUAUUUUUUUUUACGUGACACGGAAAAAUGAGUAGCUAGACACCUUAAAAAAAUUCUCACUAAAUAUGGGCUCUUAAUUUUCAUAAGAAGAUCCUCCUCAUAGCCGUUUUUCAUUUUUUUCCUAGUCCAAUAGAAAAAAAUUCAUACCUCAUCAUUAAUUAAUUGUACAGAAAAAUGUUUUUGGAGAAUUUCGUAGAAAAUUUAAUGCUCUACAAAAAAGGUACCUUAUAUUUUUUUCAUAAACCUCACCAUUUGAAUGAUAUU